AUGGCAACUUCAAAAGCAGCGUAUCUUGCUGAAAAGGUUAUUGGGCAUGAUGACAAUGCCAUAAUUGAGCAAGAUGUCACCAACUACCCAGAAGACUCGCUCGAUACCAUGAAGGCAUUGGUCUGGAAGGGAAAGCAAAAAGUCGAGAUUGCCGAGGUCCCCAAGCCUCAGAUUCUAGAGGAUACCGACGUGAUUCUCAAAGUCACUGGUUCCACUGUCUGCGGUUCAGAUCUACAUCUUUACCACGGCGUAGUGGUGCAACUUGCCGACGGCGACAUUCUAGGACACGAAUUCUGCGGCGUUGUAGAACUAGUAGGCCGUGCCGUCAGCAAAGUUCAGGUCGGGAAGAGAUACGUCGCUUCGUUUCAGAUUGCUUGCGGAGAUUGUUUCUUCUGCAAGCAAAAGCUAUCGUCGCAGUGCGAAAAGACCAACGCAAACACGACCAUGAAGGGCCUAUAUGGUGGGAGAACGGCAGGCAUCUUUGGGUAUUCCCAUCUUACAGGCGGAUUUGCUGGUGGUCAGGCAGAAUAUGUCCGCGUGCCAUUAGGUGAUGUGAAUUUGUUGGAGAUUCCUGAUGAUGUUUCGGACGAAAAGGCACUAUAUCUCUCUGAUGUUCUCUGCACUUCUUACCAUGCCGUCAAAGAUACAGCCGUCUAUCAAGGCGAUCAAGUGGCCAUCUUCGGCGCAGGUCCCAUUGGGCAAAUGGCUGGUGUUUUUGCCCUAGGAGAGGGAGCCUCGAGAAUUAUCUUCGUAGACACCGAACCGCGGCUCACUUUCAUCAAACAACGUUUCCCUUCCGAACACAGCGACAAACUUACUCUAGUCGACUAUAAGAAGCUGUCGCACGGCAUCACCUCCAAGGAAACUGUUGUCAGCAAAUUAAAGGAGCUUUGCGGCGGCCGAGGCCCAGACGUCGCCAUCGAGUGUGCGGCAGGGGAAUACGCCAAGGGCUGGAUGCAUUGGUUGGAAAUGACGAUUGGUGCUGAGACCGACACCAGCGAGAUUCUCAAUGAGAUGGUUGAAGGAGUGCGCAACUAUGGCCGCUGCGGCGUCACGGGAGUUUAUGUCGCAUAUACCAACCACUUCAAUGUUGGCUCCCUCAUGCAGCGAGGCAUUCGACUCAUCGGAAACGGCCAAGCACCGGUGCAUAAAUACUGGGAAGAACUACUUGCCAAGAUCCAGAAAGGCGAGCUCGACCCUAUGCAGAUGGUGUCUCACAGAGUCAGACUCGAGGAUCUGGACAAGGUGUAUGCAAAGUUCGAUGCAAAGGACGAAGGCAUGCAAAAGGUGUUUGUGGAAACCAGAUUCUCUCUGCCCAAGUCUUCAGAGUCUCCUGAAGUAACCCUGUAUUAA